AUGGUACCAUUCAUGGUGGUACGGUGACUACAUUGAAUGUAGUAAAGGAUUUUGUAUAUUUCUAAUAUAUUUACUCAGAUUAUAAUAUAAAUGUCAGCUAUGGAAUUUAAAGUAGAGAUUAAAGAAGAGCAAUUUGUUGAAUAUAACCAAAAAGAUACAGAGAACCAGCCAUGCACAUCAGUAGACCUAAAAAACUUCAAAAAUGAAGUUAACUCAGAAAUGGAACUAAGAGCUAAAAUUAAGGAAGAGUUUGCCGAAGACUACCAAGAAUACAGGGAGAGCGAGCUAUGUACGUCCCUAGAUCUUGAAGACUUGAUUAAUAAAGUGGAUGAAGGAAACUCAGGAUUUCCUCAGAACAAAAUGGAUAUCAUGAAAACUGAACGUGCAUGUACUUCAGAACAGCAAAUAGGAUCAAACACUGAAGAAACAUUAAAAAAUUCCAUUUGUAAAUGUAAAAUUUGUUUUAAGCAAUUUAACCAGACAGAUUCUUUGAAACAACAUAUGAAAACGCACAAGGCAGAAAAGCUUUACAAGUGUGAAUCUUGUUGUAAGCAGUUUACUCAUAAAAGUCAUUUUAAUAAACAUACGAAAGUUCACACUGGAGCAAAGCCUUACCAGUGUGAAAUUUGUAUUGAGCAGUUUACUCAAGCACAUUCUUUGAAAAGACAUUUUAGAGUGCACACUGGAGAAAAGCCUUACAAGUGCGAAAUUUGUUUAAAUCAGUUUUUUCGCAAAAGUCAUUUGAAAACAUAUUUGAGGUUGCACACUGGAGAAAAGCCUUACAAGUGUGAAAUCUGUUUUAAGCAAUUCACUCGUAAAAGUUCUUUGGAUGACCAUAAAAAAGUUCACACUGGAGAAAAGCCUUACAAGUGUGAAAUGUGUUUAAAGCAGUUUUCUCACAAUAGUCAUUUGAAUAGACAUUUGAGAUUGCACACUGGAGAAAAGCCUUACACGUGUGAAACUUGCUUUAGGCAGUUUACUCAAAGUGAAGAUUUGAAGAAACAUGUUAUGUUUCACACUGGAGAAAUGCAUUACAAGUGUGAAAUUUGUCUUAAGCAGUUCACUCAAAAAAGUUCUUUGAAUGAACAUACGAAAGUUCACACUGGAGAAAAGCCUCACAAGUGUGAUGUUUGUCUUAAGCAGUUUACUCGAUUAUACGAUUUGAAAAGACAUUUGACAGUUCAUACUGGUGAAAAGACAUACAAGUGUGAAGUUUGUUUUAAGCCGUUUUCUCGAGCAUACGAUUUGAAAAGUCAUUUGAGAGUGCACACUGGGGAAAAACCUUACAAGUGUGAAAUUUGUCUUAAGCAGUUCACUCAAAAAUGUUCUUUGCAUGAACAUACGAAAGUUCACACUGGAGAAAAGCCUCAUGAGUGUGAUGUUUGUCUUAAGCAGUUUACUCGACCAUAUAAUUUGAAAACUCAUUUGAGAGUGCACACUGGAGAAAAGCCUUACAAGUGUGAAAUUUGUUUUAAGCAGUUUACUCACACAAGUAAUUUCAAUCGACAUUUGUUGUUUCACACUGGAGUGAAGCCUUACUCGUGUGAAAUUUGUUUAAAGCAAUUUUCUCACAAAGGUCGUCUGAAUAUACAUUUGAGAGUUCACACUGGGGAAACGCCUUAUAAGUGUGAAAUUUGUUUUAAGCAGUUCGCUCAUAAAAGUUCUUUCGAUGAGCAUAUGAAAGUUCACAUUGGAGAAAAGUGUUAAAAGUGAGAAAGGGCCUAGCCGAGUGAGAUGAUGAAAAGUGCCCCCAACUCGAUUCGAAUUUCAUAUAGUUCGCCGUUUAUCAUAUAUAGUGAAACUCACUUUCUGAAAUUUUUAGCCCCUAGAUGGUCAUGUAACCCACCUAGAGCCUAAUUACGCUUUUUGUGUUUUUAUUUUUUAUCUCAGCCGCAUCGAGAACUAGCGAAAAAUUUAAAUAAAAAAGUUGUAAGCUUUAAAAAUUUCUGUCCGAAAAUUUUUUUUUAAUUUUUGGCGGGAUGUUUAAAUUUAAGAACGUUUUUAAAAUUUUAAAUGAGUAUAAAAAAUAACUAAGACAUUCGUUUUCACUAAAAAAAUAUGUAACGUGUAUUUUUGCACAAUGUUUCACCCUGAAUUUUUUCAAAUUUUUAAAAUUGGUGAAACGCACCUUUAAAAUAAAAACCGCAUUUUUUCGGUUUUUUUUUCGUUUUUUUGGUACAAUUUUAUACAUAUUUUUCAAAAAGGUAACACCGUCACUAGAAUAAGUAAAAAACUGAAAAAUAAUUGGGGUUUGCUAUAUCAAAAUUUCUCCAAACCAGAACUGUUGUAAGUACUGACAAAAAGUACUGAAGUCUUAAGUACCAGUACUUAUUCAUUAAGUGGAAAUAAGUAUAAGUACUAGUACCAAGAAUAAAUAAAUACUUAAGUAUUUCAGUUAAGUAGUACUUGAAAACAGUAAAUUUAAGUACUGAGUAUUAAAUAACCGAUUUGUGUACAUACUACAUUACCUACAUUAAAAAGAUUUGGUGCUUCAAUAUCGAGUCCAAGUACAAGUACUGCCAUUUGUUCUAAAUACUUGUGUAAAAGUGAAGAAACUCAUAUGUAAUCAGAGCCUAUUUUACGUCAAGUCAGGCCUGAGGCACUGCACAAGUUUCGGGCCCUUAAAUAUGAUUUAAUAAUAAUAAUAAUAACUUUUUUAAAUGAAUUAAUUAUUUAAUAGAAACAUAACUGCACCAGAAAUUUAAAUUUUUACUAACAAUAAAUAAAAUUUACAUUUAAACAAUUAAACAUUGUUUAAAUACAGUGUGUCGCAUUUAAGAUUAAGACAGAUCUAUAUUUCGGCUAUCAAAAUAAAUACAAAUUUAAAAGUUUUGCACAGUCAUAAAGGUUGAAGGUUCACAUUUUUUAAAAUACUCAACGACCUACUGCGAAUCCACAAACAGGGUAAAUUUUCUUCGUAUUUUGCUUCGUGUUGUAGAUAUCGGAAAACGUUAUUUAAAAAAGUACUUCCAAAUAUUAGUCUAACACCACAUACCAAAUUGCAUGACAAAAUCCGCACUUUUAGUUUUUUCAUUAUUUGUAGUCAGGACCGUAAAAUAAAUCUCAGCUUUCCCGAGAUGCAUCUCGGGCCAGCCAAUUUUAAGUUGUGAGGUCCUGACCCUGACUACAAAUAAUGAAAAAACUAGUUCGAAUUUUGUCAUGAAAUUUGUUAUGUGGGGUUAGUGUACCAUUUGGAAGAACUUUUUCAAAUAACUUGUUCCAAUAUCUCUAACGCGAAGCAAAAUAUCUAAAAUUUAUCUUGUUUGUGGAGUCGCAGUAGGCUGUGUUUAAAAUUUAAAUUUCAGCUGACUAUCUUAAAAAAAUGUGAACAUUCGACCUGUAUGACUGUGCAAAACGUCAAAUCUGCAUUUAUUUUGUAAAUCUGUCAUAAUGUAGGGCUGUCUUCAUCUUAAAUGCGACACACUGUAUACAUAUAUGUCAUUUUCUUUUGUAAAUAAUUUAGUUGUUGAACCAUAAAAGGAUAGACUGUUCUUGGCCAAAAAAUUAAUGGUUGCUGUUAUUCGUUGAAGAACGUUUCUCCAAUGUUCCUGUUCUUCUAAAUAACUUUUUUCCAUUAAUGUUACAGUUCUGAAGCUAUUUCCUUGUGACAUAAUUAUGUAAUUUACUGUUUUCUUUGGGAUAAUUUAAAAUAAUGUCAUUUUUCGAUACCGACUCUCGACGUGGAAUUCGAAACGUUAAUAAAUUAAUUUCAAGCUAGAAUUGUGGAUGUAGUAUUUUCCAAAGAAAACAGUAAAUUAAUGUUACAAUUUGUCCUGUUGUACUACUUCUCUUGACUACGUACCAAUUGAUGAAAUAUGUUCAGGAGAUGGCUCAUAUUGAAUAACUGUCCUAUUGAUAUUUUUCCAGUGGUUAUACUCAUCGAAAGUUAGAAGAAUAACAAGUUUCGUGGAUCAGUUUACAAACGUAACACGGCUACAUUUAGGACUGUACACUAACCACUCGCGAAGAAUAUUUCCCCAUUAGCUUUCAUUUUAUAAAAAAAUCGCACUUUGCAAAUGUCUGGUUUUAUUAUUAUCCAGUUGUGUAACACAUUCAUUAAUUAAUUCAAUAUAUAAAUUCGGUCGAUUAUUUUUUGUUGAAAUUCCAGAUUUAAAUGUUUUGGCCAAUCCCCUAUAUAGUUAGGAAAAGAGUUAUUAACAUUGUCGUUUUCUAUAGAAGUUGACGGAAAUGUAUUUGUGACAGGUGAAGUCACUUGAAAAUCAACAGUGUAGUCAUCAUCUAUCAUUUCCUGUUCGUAAAAUGAAAGAAUUUAGAAAAUUUAUUUUAUUGCAAUAAAAAAAAUUUGGUAACCUUUCCAGGCCCCAUUUAACUGCGGGCCCGAGGCACGGGCCUAGUGGUAAAAUAGGCCCUGUAUGUAAUAGGAACAUCACAUUGAAAUUAAGGAUUAGAACACUUAUGUAAAUAUUAGAUAAUUACAGUACUGUUACUGUUGCAUGAAAUGGAGUGCUGGAUGUUUAAAACAGGAACAUAUAAAUAAAUUACAAUUUUGUCAAAAGCAAAAUAAAUGAAGAUACUCAGAGUAAGAGUAAUAUUUUAUUAUAAUUAAUAUUUAUUUGUCGGAUUCAGGAAACCUGGCUGACGAGUUCUAAAGGACGAAACAAAAAUGUGUCGAAACAUGAUUACCACACAUCACACUAAAUCGAAAACAUUGAAAAAUAUUUGCAGUAAUCCGUAACACUUAAGAAAUUUUCGUGAAGGGUUUAAAUACAUUUCGAGUACUUUUAGAGUACUUAAGUAUUUUUUAUUGCAUUAUAUUUUAUUUAAUGUAAGAUUUGGAUUUCUUACAUAAAAAUAAGUAACUUUUAUUCGAGAUAUUUUUUCGAAUUAUGGAUAGAUGGCGCCAUAAUCGGAAAAAUGAUUGUUGGAAAUGGAAAACUAAAUUAAAAAAUGGAAAGUCCCCACUUAAAUAGAAAACUUUACUUAACUUUUUUUGGUUUUAGGACCUAAUCUUCACAACCCAAUAGGUCCCCAUAUCGCUCGAGUAACUGCAAAUUUAGCAUACUUUCCUCCCCUACUAUAUCUUACAUAAAAAUAAUUAUAUAGAGAAAUUACACCAUAUAUUUACUUUUUUAUCAGACUGUGAAAUUGAAAAAUUUGAAGGAACCGAAAAAAUUGGUCAGAACCGAAUCGAAAUAUUUUACCAAAACCGGAACCGGACCGGACCUAAAAUUUUGAAUUUUACUAGAAUCGGAACCGGACCGGAACCUUUUAUUUCAUUUCGGUCCGGGUCCCUGGUUUAAAUACAUUUCGAGUACUUUUAGAGUACUUAAGUAUUUUUUAUUGCAUUAUAUUUUAUUUAAUGUAAGAUACGAAAUCGAACCAGAUCUUAAUAGAGUAAGAUCGAGAAAGUGAAAUCAAAUUGUAUGAUUCUUCAAAAAUUGUGUCUGUAACUGUCGAUGUUAAGUCACUACCAGUAUCAUAUGAAUUCGAAUUUGUGUCUUCUCCUAAAUUGUCACGAAAUAUUGCUGAGAUACCUAUUUCAGUUUAACCACUGGCGAAGCGUCCAUGUAACCACUGCUACCUUUGAUAACAGUUAAAAAUCUUGCACAUAAAUAUUUUAUGACUACUAUUUUAUAACAGAAAUAUUUGUUAAUAGUACAUACCUAAUUCAGUAAAUAGCCAACUAGACGCACGAAAAUAUUGGCGAGAUUAUGUGAAUCCGUUGCACGUUAUAUGCUCAUUAUACGUUGUUACCACUUUUGGUUGUGAUAACGAAGGAUGAUCCUCGCUAUCGCUAGGGACUGGCUUGUUUCUGAAAAUUUUGAAGGAGCUACGGCUCUAGAGACGGCGCGUGGGCACGCUGUGUAUAUCAGUAUUUUUUGGUUUGGUAACGUUAGUUUAGUACCUAUUACAGAUUACAGUGUGCCUGCAUUUAAACAUGGAAGAGUGUUGCUGCGUAAUCGAUCAACUACUUAAAAAGUCAUCCUCCUGGUAUAUGAGAUUACAUAUUGAUUAUGGAAGACUUAAUAUAAACAAUAGUUUUCAAAAUAUGUUUUUUUUCCUACUUGUUCAUUUUUUUAUGUUAAUUUUAUGGUAGAAUAAUCUGUUUAGUUUGUGUAUUAUUUACUGUUAUACCUAUUACAUAUACAUUAUUACAUUAUUACAUACA